AUGGAGGAGCGGAUCUACAAACGCCAGGUUAUCAAAGAGUCGACGUCAAUGCGGGUCGUUGACGAGGCACAAAUUGAGCGGCACUAUGAAGGACACGAUCUUGCUGAGCUCUACAAUUUCGAUCCAAAAUCCUUGACGGAGAAUGGAAACCAACGUCCAGCCUAUGCUCCUCCGAAAGAUCUUCUAUUGGCUGAUGUCCUCCACAAUCAACCGGAUUCGAUCACGGACUUUUUCCAACACGACUCAUUGUUUGCCAAUGUCGACGAUGAGAAAUUAACAGAUGAAGAAUGUCGCGAAGCUUGGAAGGAUUACGAAAGAGAAAAGAAGGGUAAACGAGCCAGCACUCCUGCUAGAAUAAAACAACGGGAUGUUGUCGACACCGAUGUUCUUCGAUCUUUUUCGCGGCUAUCCUUG